GCUUCUGUCCUAGAUAUGGAGUCUGAUGGAAAGGUCGCAGAGGAGUAUGAAAAGAAACCUACCAUAUUACGGACCUCGUCUCAACAACAGAAGCACAAUGCAAAGGCCGCGAAGAUCCUCGAAGCAUGCAAAUGGAAGGAUAUUCAUACGCUGAAGGCUCUGGCAACAUCUGAAGGUGGACUGCUCUCUGACGACCUUCGAUGCCAGGCAUGGCCAUUACUUCUCGGAUACCCGAGUCACGACAACGAUGUAGAGUCGGAGACUGAGGAGCGCGAGAUCUGGAAAAGGCUACCAAAACAUCGAGACGAGGAUCAGGUUCAGUUGGAUGUGAACAGGUCUUUUAUAUACUAUCCCAACGACCAGUCCGUGAAAGAUCUUAACCGUCGAAAGGAGGAGCUCUCGGACCUGAUUACAGAAGUCCUGCGCCGCCAACCAUAUCUCUGCUACUUCCAAGGCUACCAUGACAUCUGCCAGGUAUUUCUUCUGGUCCUGGAACACAGAGAUCGCUCGGCGGCCGUAGCACGCCUCUCAACUCUGCGUAUUCGAGACUUUAUGUUACCAACACUUGCUCCAGCCCUAGCUCAACUGCGUCUCAUCCCAGCCAUUUUAUACGCCGUGGAUCCAAAACUCUGCAACCAUCUUUCCCAAACCCAGCCAUUUUUCGCUCUAUCUGGAACGCUAACAAUGUAUGCCCACGAUAUCCAGGAAUAUGGGGACAUAGCUCGACUGUUCGAUGUAUUUCUCGCACGCGAAGCUGUUCUCUCAGUAUAUAUGUUUGCUCAGAUUGUUCUCCAGCGCUCGGAUGAGCUUUUUGAAACCCCGGCAGAUGAGCCGGAAAUGCUUCAUUCGAUUCUGUCCAAGCUGCCGAAGCCACUGGAUCUUGAGGCGCUGAUACAGAAUACUGCGAAGCUAUUUGAGCAACACCCACCUGAGAAACUGAGUUUAUGGCGAUCGAUCUCGAACUCUAGUGUGCUGAAAACAGCGCGCUGGGAAGACCAGACGGUGAACCAGACCUUGAAAGAUGGUGAAAUAUUUUUCAAUAAGCAGGUUCAGGAAUUAGAGUGGGCGGAUCGACGUGAUAGGGUUUUCAAGGUGGUUUGGAAGUAUCGGAGACCAGCUGGGACUAUUGGGCUCGCUGUAUUAGUAGGGGUUUUGUCAUUCUGGAUACGAAAAUCUUCAGGACCAUCUGGGACCCUCGGGGCGUUUUGGAGACAAUGGACUGGCUACCGGGGCCAUUAA